AUGGAUGAAGAGACUGAUGGCCAGGGAAGCAAAGUGCCAGCCCUGAUAAGAAACUUAGGAGCUGACCUGCCAGUCAAGAACCAUGUGACCCUACUCUGCCUCCAUGGGACUGGAGUUAAGAUGGGGGUGAGUGGGUUGCAGGAGUAUCACAAAGACCAGAAAAGUCUUCCUCCUUCAGAGGACCCCACCCUUGGUCUUAGCAUCCCUGGCCAGGCUGUGAGACCUUCUGGUCAAACACUCUGCUCCCAAACAGCUAUCUAUCUGAUGGUCUUGUCACUUUUGCUUUUCCUUUUAGAAAAGUUGUUCUAA